GUGUACAUUCUUACCCCUCCCUUUGGCUGUCAUGUUUUCAAGGGAAGUAAGUGACCAAGCGGAAUCAAAACCACAAUUUUUGUGCUUUCUGGAAGAGGAACUUCAUCAGCCAGCGCGUCGUGGUUCGAUUGAAAAAAAAAAGUCGUUGUGUGCGAGGUCGACAAGUAGUGGUGUGUGUGUGGUUUUUUCCCCACAUGAAACGAGCAGCCUGAAGAAAUAAAACAGCCUUAGCCAAAGAUGGGCUUCUUCCAGCAAGUCAAGCUUCUUCUUUGGAAAAAUGGGCUGAAUGUCAUCCGAAAUCCAGUCUGGUCGCUGACUCUGAUCACCUGGCCUUUAAUCAUCUUUAUCAUUGUUGCUGUGACCCGAGGCUAUUACCCACCGGAGCUUCAAGAAUCAUGUUACGUCACACCUCGGAACCUUCCCAGCGCCGGCUUAUUCCCUUUCUUGCAGACUCUCCUGUGCAACUCAGACAGCGUAUGUCACAACACGUCACACCUGGCGAACCCAUCAAAGUUUACGAAAAGAUCCACCAAUAACGCAAGGUCAACACGAUCGUCGCAGGGCACUCUCUUGGCAAGGCUGAUUCAAGGUGGUGACUUUUACAGUUACAGAAUCCCAAAUGACUCCAGUCAGGCCCUAAUCUUGGAUUUGGAAAAAAUUCUGUUGGCGGUUAAUCAAGGAAACCUCAGGAAUACCUCUCACAUCCACACCAAGAAUACAACUCUUGCGAGAGAUCAGGAGGACUUGUACAAAAUGUUAGAAGCAAUGAACGUGCUGAAGCGGCCCAUCUGUGCCAUAACUCUGGCGGCGAUCAACACAACCUCACCCAACACCGUCAGCGAUGCGGCGCUCAACUUUUGCAGCUCAAACAAUACUGUCUUAGAGGUCUUUCUACUCUCACUCAACCAGAUCCUGAAGGAGGAAAUGCGAACAAGACCCGACGAGCUGGCAGAGGUCGUCGGAACCGCGAUGCUGAUGUUUAGAGAGUUGCAGAACGAGACUUCGUUGUGGGAGAGUCUUCUCGCUCUUCCCCAUCUCUACUCUGCUGGAUCACUGAAGCAAAUGUUGGACACAGCAGCGGGCCUUCUCACCAACAUACGCGGCAUUAUGCAAAUCAUCCAGAACAAUUUCUCUGAAACUGCUGAGUCAAUCUCCGCACUGCAUCCAGUAAUUACCGCAGGCAUCAACGCAAUCCAUUAUAUUGAAACGUGGCCGGGGAACGAUGUGACCAUCGCCCUUGGAGACAUUGUGAUGCUGAACAAUGACUCGAUCAGUGAAAUUGCCAAACUGGCUUUACAAAAUGUCCAAAUACCACUUGCACAGGUUUUGUUCAUGACGUUGGACAGAGACCACCUGCGGUCCUCCAUUUGUGAGAACAGCAGUAACCCCUUGUGGCUCACAACCAUGUGCGUGACAGGCGCAGUGGACGUCAUUCUAAGUACGGCGGACAUGAUUCUAGGCACCAUCAGUCCCAACAAAGUUGCCCAGCAGGCUUUACUGGCUUGGAGUAAGCAUAUUGCUCCCCAUGAUGUUGCAUUUUUCAAAGGACUGCUCCACAGUGUCUUUGGGGUCGGCUUCCCAGGAGGCAUCGGAGGCUCCAACAUCUCCAGGCCCUGGCAUCAUGUCGAUACCCAACCACAAAACAUUGAGGAGGAGCUAUUUUUGACAGUCGGUGAAGUAGUGCUGAAACUGAGCGAAAUUCAUCCGGAUGUGGACAUGAUUGUUCAGCGCAUGCUCAGCGUCGGUUUUCAGUCCAUGGAAAUAGCAACUCUCUCCAUUGCCAUUGUUGAAGAGAUGAUGGACAAUAUCUUGAAGGAUUCUGAUCGACUCCAAAACAUUUAUCUAACCUUGCUUGCAAACCAAACUCAGGCCAGUGCUUGGAUCAGCCAGAUCCGAGACGGCGCCACUCAAGUAAUCCUGAAGAGUCUAACAUCAGCGCAUGUUACGUGUGAGGAUGCCCUGAGCCCUUUCCAGUGGCUGCUGUCUGCUGAGACCAUAAAGUUUGAGACGUUAAAAUCAAUCAUCUGUGACAACUCCACAACGCCAGAGAAUCUCACUCUGGUGGAGUGGACGCCACUGAUUGAAAAAGGCGAAGAGCUGUACAGCAUUCUUAGCGAGGGAGGAAAAGACGUCAACGUAACUCUUUCGAUGAUUCUCUCCCAGUGGCAUACAUUUUUUAACCGCACCCUGGAAUUUGGAGGUUUUCUGCACAGGUUGCCCUCAGAGCUGGGGACGGGCUAUUGGUUGAAAUGGUUGCCUGGCAACAACAGCUCUGGCGAUAUGACUGAGACUCUUCUACAAAGUGUUUUUGUUUUCAUGGUGAAUUUGGGAGAAAAGGUUGAGGCGAGUCCACUGUGGCCGGAGAUGAAAAGCUAUUUCCAGAUGGUUUACUGGGUUUUGAACUACAGACCGGGCGUUACGACACAGCCGGCAAACUGUUCUCUUGACAUGGUCACCCUCAACAUUGAUUGUGAUGAGAGUUUCAAUUGGAGCACAUUCGUUCAAGCUCUCGUCGAGGCUUUGGUGUCGCCAGGCCAAGACGUCCUGACAAACUAUCUCAAAGCCACUUUCAAUCUAUUACAGAAUGUGUAUGGGGACCUCAUUAAUAAUAUGACGACUUCACAUUUAACGCAAGAAAUUCAAGGUGGAGAUGCGCUCUCCGCGUACCUGAUAAACUUAAUGAACAAACUGGACGACUCUGUCCGGACCAUCUCCACGCUCUCGGAUGAAAACAUCUCCAACCCCGAUGUCAUGGUUCCCGUCGUAAGAAGAUUGUUGGAGUCCACGGGUCUGUCCCCGAUGCUGCCUCUCAUCUUCAACAACGGCUCAGUCAACGUCUCCGACGUUCUCGACGCCGCUGUGAAGCUCGGUCGAGGCAACCAGCACGUUUUUACCUUCAACGAGACGGAUCCGACGAUGCCCGAAUUGGAGCGCUUGAUAACGCAGUUCCUUGCCUCCGAGGCGAGCCUCACACUGUCUCUGUCCUAUGCCAUGGGGAACACCCUGCUUACCUAUUCCAACUACUUUGACAGAGACGAAGUGGCUCGUCUCAAAGAGAACUUAAAGCCUUUCGUCAACCAAACCUCGUCAGGCAUCGUAGAAGCCAUCCUGAGCGCUAUGGAGCUUCUCGAGGAAGUGGUUGAUUCACCAGAUGAUGACCCACGUCACAUCAUUCUCGCCUAUAUUCUUCAACUUCAACAAUCGGUGGCGUCCCUGUACAAGCUGCGUCGAAUCCAGCAAAUGUUGUUGCCUGACGGGCAAAUGAGCACGGCUCAAGUGACUGACCUCCACCAAGUUUCCACCGACUUUCUCAACCUCCUCACUCCCGAGAGCCUUGCCAACCUCACUCAGCUUGGCCCCGAAGCUGCCCUGGAUGUGGUGAUACAAAAAUUUCUUGCAUUCUUACCACCAGAGUUCCAAGAGAAAGCUGCUUCAAUUCAUCACGAUUUGAAAGCAUUGCAGUAUCACUUGUCUUUAUGCGCCUCAGAAGAGAACUGCUUAUCCGGGAUCUCCGAAUUCUUCACAUUUGUGGAUGCAAUCGUCAACUUGACGCUCUCGGCCAAUGCCAACGUCACCGUCAACAUCACCAGCACGCUUUGGCCAGACGAAUACGAAAAUAUGACAUCUGCUUUCUUCUCGCUGUUAUUGUCCCCAAAUGACGCGACCUACGUCAGAGCCUUCAAUCAGACGCUUCAUUUCAUCCGGCUUGUUGUAGCGAUGCCAAAUAUUACUGUCUCUCAAAUCCAGAAUACUUUGAGACAGUCCAACCUCACCCUCGAAGAGGUUGACUCCAUCGCGCAGCUCGCAGGAGCGGCCAAUGUCAAUGAGCUGUUGGUAAAUAUCCUGGACUUGGCCAAUGUUCCAAAGUGUUUUAAAUUACAGCACAACGCAUCGGUGACAGCCCGUUGUGUUAUGGGAUUGAUCGACAAGGCCAGCAAUCUUCUGGCCAACAUCCCCGCUCUGCAUAACCAUACAGCCAUAUUCUCCCUCAUCCCGUUAAUUGUCAAUCAAACCACAAGCGAGGUCAUCCGAGUCAAUUUUAGCUCCGAUGCACAAAUGCAGAUCAUCCAUGUUCUGAACAGCACCCUGAACAAUAUCAAGAUAAACCUUCAGAUGAAUAAUCUGAGUACUCCGGAGAUCAUGAAGGAAAUCGGCGUGAUCGAAGGUCUGUUGAAAGUAGCGGCGAACCCCGAAACCUCAAAGCGCAUCCUCGAUGCCAUGUCGGUACCCUACUCCGAGGAAGUUACGGUUGCAUAUUUGCAAAUCCUGCAGUGGUAUUUGCAUCGGUUGGAGAACGUGACGAGCACCAGCUUCGCGGCGCAGCUCCUCCACCCCUUUUUCCGCCUCACCCAAUUACAAGUCACCCUGCAGCUUGCGCAGACAAAUUUGACUUCGCUUAUCGACAACCAGAUCGGACACUUCCAGAACGCAACGGACGGUGCCGGCGUGAGUAAGAUCGGCCAAGCGACGAUUGAGAUUCUGCAGCAAAUUGUGAGCUAUAUCAUGGUCAACAUCAAAGUUCAGGACGAGACUUUUCAAACCUUCGGUUCCACGCCAUUCCUCAACACAACCGUGCUGCAUGAAAAUGAGCAACAAAUUCAACUCUAUCUCGAUCUUCUACGUGCAUGGAUGACCGAACCCAAUGUCACGGCAGUCUUCACCCGCAUGCUCCGCUGGGGAAACCCUGCCAUAAACGUUUCCACGCCUGUGAAAGACCUUCACCUCCUUUUGGGGACGAUGGUUAACUAUCUCACGGUUGAACAGCAAGAUUACCUUGCCAUCAUCAGUAAUAUCACCCAAUCCUUGAGCCAAGCUAUCAUGGCGUUAGAGCAACCAGGGGAGCCGCAGUUUGAGCACCUGUUUGCUGCAAUCAUGGAUGCCGUCCAAAGUUUCACGCAAAUUCUGACCCCAGACGCCGUCCCGCUGCCACAGUCUGCGCAGGAAAACAUCAGGGAAAUCGUUCGCAAUUCAUUGGCCCUCAUCGUCGAGCAGAACUUGGCUUUUUCCACGUCGCUCAACCUCACCCUCGAUAUCCUCAAUAGAACCCGAAUCGUGGUUCAGCAGCUGGUCCCAGACGAGUUUGCUGUGUACCUGCUCCCCGGCCUCGAAGUUGUCACUAGUUAUUUUGACACCAUCGCCAUCGCCAAUGGACCAGACAACUGGAACCUCAUUAUUUUGAACCAAUUGAAGACAGUUCAGAACCUCCUGCCACCAAACAGCACAGCUCAGUACUAUGUUUCUGUUGUCAUCGACAUUGUCUCAGUCAUCUUAAACUCCACCCAAGGCAAUGUGACUCAACAAAAUGAAAUGACAGAUAUUCUGACUGCGAUUUUUAGCCAGAUUUGGCAAAUUUCUAUGACUGGUCCAGGUUUAGGGACUGGAACUCCAUCUGUGGAGGCCUUAUCCCAUCUCGGUCCACUACUUCAACAGGUUUUGACUGGGCAGGCUGACCAGGAGACGUGGCACAAGCUUCAAAAGAUGUUGGAGGUUGUACUGACAACACUCAGCAAAACACAGCCAUGGGACAACGUCACAGCCGUUAUCCCCUAUUUUGAACAAAUCAUAACAUGUAUGGUAAACACCCAGUACGCGGAGAACAUGAUGACAGUGAGCCUUGCGAAGCCUGUGGUGACCCUGAUGAGAGAAAUUGCACAGUCUGUGAACACGAGUCAUUUUAACUUGUCCGAGAUAUCGGAAAGAAUUCGCCCUGCAAUUGAACAAACAUUGCUUGCCGCUGAGCAGGUGAAUGGAACAUUGGAGUGCAGUGAAGCUGUGAAUGCGUGGGAGCCAAUCGAGGAUGCAGCGGGUUUAAGCCGUGGCGUCAUUGAAAUGUGGUGUAACAUCAGUCUGCAGCCAGUUCUGGAGACUUAUGCAGCUACCCAUUACAUCUGUCAACACCUCAACAUGAGUCACAUGGAUUUGGAACCAAUCACUGCUGCUGUCGCCGCUGCCCGGAUUGUCAAUGCGACAAAAUCCCUAUAUCAAGUCGACAGAUACCAAGCGCAUGUGAUGGAGCAGAUCAUCACGAAUGUCUCCAGCCUGUUCUUGGAGUUGCUGGGCCAUCCGCUAAGCCAUAGUGCUCUGCUUCACUGGCAAAAUCAACUCCAAGACAUGCAACUGAAAAACAGUUUAUCCGCUGUUCAAGUGUUGUCAGAUGAGUUGCUGAAAGUGGCUCCCAUGCUGGAGCCGUGCAUCGAGGCUAUGGAGGAGGCACUGCGCCACAUCUUGAACAACUACCACCAUAUUCAAGGCAUCGACUCAUCUGAACUUGUCUUUAACGAGGCAGCGAUGAUAGUCCUCUCCUGCGUAAACAGCACCUUAGAUGAUCUCUUCUCAAUGGCGGGGGGCAAUUUAUCUAGCAUCAGUCCCGGAUCUUUCCUUGACAUGGUAAAUGAUGCCGUUAAAGCCAUGAUCCACAUGAAGUUAUUCGGGGAUGAGCCGAUGGUUUACCAAGCCCACGAACAAUUCCUGGCCUCCAGUGCCAGAAAAGUGCUCAUGCAGAAGGUGGCUGAGAUGUCUGCAUUGUUGGCAUAUUCAAACGAAUCUGGAUUCGAGCUUCUGACCCAGGCUUUGCCCAGGAUAUCCAAACUGCUCAGGCCUUUAUUGUCCACCCUGACUCAAAUGGGCGUGGAUUUGCCGGAGAUCACUGAUCUCAUCGAACAGCUGGUUGAAAACAUCAUUGCUAUGCUGAGGCAAUUGUUAAGCAGUGGCCUUUUUACGCCCGAGGCCAGACAUCCGGGUGUAACCGCUAAUAGCCACGUGUCGAACGCCAGACGAAGACGAGAAGCCCCGUUGUUGCCCCAGCCGGACCCCGUGAAUGACGUCGUAUACUUCCUGACCAUUGACUACCCAGCAAUGUUCCACACCUUGUCAGUCCCUUCGCCAGAGGAAAUUCGGGAGACUGCUCACAUGUUCUUUUCCAAUCCCAAUCUGAACAUUAUCAUGAAGGGAUCAACGAGGGACAUGCCAUGGGCUUUGAAUAGCUCACGGGAGGAGACCAUUGAUGCCGCCCUGGGGGUCCUGUCUUUUGCGACCCUCCCCAGUGACUCUCAGAUCUUAUCACUGGCUCUCUUGAGGGAUGCCGUUGAUAUGCUGCCGGAUAGCUUGCCAUUCUCUGCUCUGCUUAAAAAUAUCACCAGAGCGCUUGCCAGUGAAUCUCAAGAGAUGUUGAUAGAAUUACAACAGGUCUUCCAGACAGUUACUCGGCUUCUCCAUACCAACCUGAGUGAUCCGCUUUACACAGACCAUCUUGAUCAACUUAGCUCUCAGGUGUGCAAAGUGGAGAAUACGGAGUUUGCGCGUCACCUCCUGGGCGCCUUCGCCUUGGAAUCUGGUCAACUCUGUUCCAGUCUCCUACCAGGCCUGCGGGUCUUGUUGCAGGCUGUGCAGGGCAGGGACACAGAUCUGGGUGAUGCUAUCUUCCAGACAUUAGUUGGAGACCCCAGCACCUAUGACGACGACACAGAUUGGUCCUCUCUGCUGAGUCAAAGUUUUGGCGUUAACACCAGCAGCCUCAGUUCGCUCAACAUCAACUUCACAUCUCAAGGUGAAGCAGGGGACGUGACGGUUGGCCAGAUGCUGCGGAAUGAAAGCGCUUUUUUGCACGAUGUUCAGAAGCACAUGGAGUUCGAUCCGGUUGCUCUCCAGAUCCUCAUGAAUACAACUAUGCCCAUCAACAAUUUACAGAUCCUUUCUUGUUUGGUGAAGCUGCGUUACUGCAAUUCCCGCGAAAAUCUGAGCAUCGCCGAGCCGGAUGUGCUUGUGUUUCAAACCUUCUGCUCCAUGUCUGUUGAAGAGGGGUACACCUUCGCUCUGCUCAUGACUCGCCAUCUGAACAUGGAAAAGUUAAUCUUCAGAAUGGUGUUGUCCGACGAUAUUCAGAGCCUGUUGAGAUUUAUGCUCCUGAUGGCCAGCAAUAUCAUCCACAUGAUGGACGAGAUGCUUCCCGCCAUUGAUCAGCUGAGCACUUACAUGACGUCCGUCACAGAAUUCAGUCUGAUGGCCAACAAAGAAUUCAACCGAGCUGCAAGACUCACGAAGUUGAGCCUCUCUACCCGAGCUACAUUUGUCACCAUGACUCAAGCCAUGUGCAGUAACGGUAUCCUACCUCUCUUGGGACUCGCCAGCCUUCCUAACAAUUCACAGUCCGAGCCACCCCCGCUUGACAGUGACGUGAGGGAAGAGAUGAUUGACAGGUUCAAGAUUCCACGAAACGCAACCCCCUACUGUAUGAACAUGUACCUAGACAUGGUCAACACCACAGGGGGCGCUAUUGCGUGGGCCUUCCUCAAACCAAUGCUGAUGGGAAAAAUCCUCUUCACACCUGACACACCAAUCACCAGGGCUAUUAUGACAAAGGCCAAUACUACCCUGCAAGAGUUUGGCAAACUUAAAAUGCACUCUGACGAAUGGCUGAAAUCCUCAAAGUACAUCGUGAAAUCUGCCGAAGUGCUUAGGCACACUUUGCCACUGCUUCAGAAUUCCUUGUCCAAUGCCUUUGUGAGAGGUUUCAUUGAGUUGCAGACAGACAUUGAAGUCGAAGAAAUGGAGAAAACGCUCAACAGCUUCUCAAACAUGACAUUGAUGUUGGAGAGGAACAAACACAUCAUGGAUCAGAUCACCACCUUGUCCACCCUGAUGGUCAACAUCUCGUCCUGUAUCAAAUUUGAUCGUUACCAAGGUUACCAAUCUGCUGAGCAGCUUGACGAGGAUGCUCAGGAACUCGCCAAGGACCGCAAUCUCUAUGGAAGUGUCAUUUUCAAGCUCCCCAAAGAGGAGAACUCCUCUUCCCUGUCACCCAAAGUACACUACACCAUCCGAAUGCACCUGGACAACGUCUUGCGGACCGACCGAGUCCGCAGCCUUUACUUUGCCAAGAAAAACUACAUAUCGUCGCGGACCGCCAUGCGCUACAACCGCGCCUUUGUGUACCUGCAGGAGAACAUUGACCGGGCAAUUAUUGAGAUGCAAACUGGAAGAGUCACAGAGACGGCUGUGCAACUUCAACCCUUUCCAUAUCCCUGCUAUCUUCUUGAUCCGUAUCUUGAGGCCAUCAGUUUAGUCUUCCCGCUCAUGCUGAUGUUGGCCUGGGUUCUGUUUGUGGCUGACUUUGUCAAGAAAUUGGUUUAUGAAAGAGAACUGGGGCUGCAUGAGUAUAUGAAGAUGAUGGGCGUAAACCCCCUCAGCCACUUUGUCGCCUGGUUCUUGGAUUGCGCUGCUCACCUGAUGGUGACCGUCAUCAUCCUCACACUGAUUCUCAAGCAUGGUGGCAUCCUGGUGCACAGUAACGGCUUCAUCCUCUUCCUGUACCUCUGUGACUACGGCUUGACCGUCCUGGCCUUCAGUUUCCUGAUCAGCUCCUUUUUUGACAAGACCUCCAUUGCCGGACUUAGCGGAAGCCUCCUUUACAUUAUUUGCUUCUUCCCAUUUAUUGUGGUCAUGGCGGUGGAGUCCAGUCUCAAUAUUUUUGAGAAGAGUGCACUGAGCUUAUUUGCCCCAUGCUGUUUCAGUUACGCUAGCCAAUAUGUCUCUAUCUACGAGAUGCGAGGAGAUGGAAUUCAAUGGAGCAACUCAUAUUCCUCACCCAUGGCGCAAGACACUGCCUCCUUCGGGUGGUUGUGCUGGAUGAUGCUCAUCGACUCGCUCAUCUACUUUACUGUUGGGGCGUACAUCCGCAAGGUCUUCCCUGGCAAAUUUGGCAUCCCGGCUCCGUGGUACUUCCCCUUCACAUCCUUGUUUUGGGCUAACCUUUUCUGCUGUGUAAAGUCACAGAUGGGAGGCGGAGGACGUCUGUUCACCAAUGCCGUGAAGAUAAACGUGCCCGUGUUCUGUGAUAACAAGGGGAAAGGCCAGAGCCAGCUUUUCUCUCAGACAGGCGAGGACUUUUCUCACCUCCCGGUGGGUGUUGCCCUUCACGGUCUCACUAAGAUCUAUGGUGAGCGGAUCGCCAUUCAAAACCUGAACGUUUCCUUCUACGAGGGCCACGUCACAUCGCUGCUUGGUCACAAUGGCGCUGGCAAGACGACUACCAUGUCUCUCCUCACGGGUCUCUUUGCACCAUCAUCCGGCAGUAUCGAAGUGUACGGUCGAGACAUGCAAACAAACUUGGAUGACGUCCGCAAAGAUCUGGGUGUUUGCAUGCAAUAUGACGUUCUCUUUGACCACAUGACCACCAAGGAGCACCUCCUGCUCUACGGCCAGAUAAAAGCCCCGCAUUGGUCCCACAGGGAAUUGCACGAGCAGGUCCGAACGAUCCUGGAAGAGACAGACAUGUACGCUCACAGACACAAGCGGGUGGGCACGCUGUCAGGCGGCAUGAAGCGCAAGUUGUCAAUCUCCAUCGCGUUCAUUGGUGGCUCUCGCUUGGUGGUGCUGGAUGAACCCACCACCGGCGUUGAUCCCUGUUCCAGGCGCAGCAUCUGGGAUAUUAUUAUCCAAAAUAAAAAGCGGCACACUAUCAUUAUGUCCACCCACCACUUGGAUGAGGCUGAAAUGCUGAGUGACCGCAUUGCCUUCCUGGAGCGAGGAGGUUUAAAAUGCUGUGGCUCCCCCUUCUAUCUGAAAGACAAGCUGGGCCAGGGCUACAAACUCACUCUCACCAAAAAGGUGCAGAUUCACAAGUCCGAGUGCUUUGACGACGCCGAAAUGAAGGCCUUUAUCCAAGCGCAUGUACCCGAAGCCCGGCUAAAAGAGGCCCAGGGGGGUGACUUGAUUUACUCCCUGCCCCCAUUCACGUCAUCCAGUGCCUCCUCGUAUAGCUCUCUUCUGACGGCGCUGGACGCCAACCUGGAUGACCUGCAUCUGGCAGGCUACGGGAUCUCUGAUACCACCCUGGAAGAGGUGUUCUUACAGUUGUCGCAGGAUAAAAAAGAAAGUGUGCACGAGGAGGAUAGACCCUUUUCUGUCUCCGAGACGGUGUCAGACGAUGGCUCCGUUAAGAGUUUCCCUGCAGAUCCAAGUGAUGUGAUUUUCAGUUCUGACAAAAUAAACUUGACUCGCUCCGGCAGAGCACGAGGCAUGGCCCUCGCCUGGCAGCAAAUCAAAGCCAUCCUGAUCAAGAGGUUCCAUCACAGCCGCAGAGACUACAAAGGCAUGAUCUCCAAGAUCCUACUUCCUGUUCUCUUUGUCACAUUCGCCAUGGGUCUGGGAUCCAUCAAUAAUGACCUGCGGCACCAUUCUGAGCUGGAGCUUAGCCCCGCACUCUACCACUUCAGACCAAGUUACUCUUUUUUCAGCGACCAGAAUAAUAAAUCCAGCGAGCUAGUGGAAACGAUGAUGUCUUUCCCAGGAAUGGAUAACAGCUGCCUCGACCAGUCCCGCAAGCCUCUUUCAAAGUUUUGCACAAGCCAAACUAACAGCUGGAAUUCCGGAGGGAACGGUUCCAAAUCGUUGAGUGACUGCACAUGUAACACUAAGGAGCAGAUUUGUCAUGGGGAAAGAUUCAAGCCAGCCAGUCGGCGGAUCCCGUCUUCGCAGAUCGUUUACAACCUCAGUGGAAUCGAUGUCGAGAAUUACCUGUUGACCACAGCCAAUGGCUAUAUUAGAAACAGGUACGGCGGGUUUGAAUUUGGAAUGCCCUUCCCACCCGACCUGGAGACGGAUCUUCUAGCCAAGUCUGAUAACAUCACCUUAUCAAAGGUUUGGUUCAACCCAGAGGGCUACCACACCAUGCCAGCAUAUUUAAACAGCCUCAACAACCUCAUCCUACGCUCCAAACUUCCAGCAGAUAAGGAUCCAAAGAAAUAUGCUAUUUCAGUGUCCAGUCAGCCCUACUUUGGUCGGACGGAUGAAGACGACGUCAUCACCGUGUCCAUCCUCCAGAUCCUCGUGGCCGUGUGUGUGGUCACAGGCUACUCCAUCACGACAGCCAGCUUCUCCGUCUACGUCGUCGGCGAGCAUCACAGCGGCUCCAAGAGGCUGCAGCACAUCGCGGGCAUCAGCGAGCCCUUCUACUGGGCCGUUAACUUCCUUUACGACAUGAUUAUGUAUCUGAUUCCUGUCGUUUUGACCAUCGGUGUGGUUGCGGCCUUCCAGGUUCCGUCAUUCACGGACCAGCAAAAUUUAGCUGCCGUCUCACUCCUUCUGGUGCUCUUUGGGUUUGCCACCUUCCCCUGGAUGUAUCUCUUGUCAGGCGUCUUCAAGGAUCCGGAGAUGGCCUUCAUCAUCUAUGUGUGCAUUAACCUUUUCAUCAGCAUCAACACCAUCAUUUCCACCUCAAUUCUCUUCUUUCUGGGGGAAAGUGUAACAAACAAAGUCGAGAAAGAGAACAUCCAGAAUAUCUUCAACAUUUUGAGCGACCUCUUCCUCAUCUUCCCUCAAUUCAACUUUGGAAAUGGACUGAUGAAGCUGGCCAGAAUGAACGUGGAGGUCCAGCUCCUUAGCGGCUAUGGCAUCGAUGCCUACAAGGACCCAUUCUCCACCGAAGUUCUCGGCUGGAUGUACAUUGGUUCCAUCAUCCAAGGUGUAGUCUUCUUUGCGCUGCGCCUCUUGCUCAACACGUCCCUCAUUCGCGACGUCAGGCACUUAAUUUUGGGCAGAAAAAAGGCGCCCCUGAUGCACAACGAUGAUGAGGAUGAGGAUGUUGCAGCCGAGCGCUUGCGGGUGUCCAGCGGAGCAGCGGGUGCGGACAUCCUACAAGUCAACCAGCUCACGAAAAUCUAUCAGCACCUCAACAGAGAGAUUUAUGCAGUCAAGAGGCUGUCUGUGGGAAUUCCUGCAGGAGAGUGCUUCGGUCUGCUGGGAGUGAACGGAGCGGGAAAAACAACCACUUUCAAGAUGCUCACGGGAGACGUUAGCCCCACUGAUGGCUCCGCACAGAUCAGGGACUGGGAUGGGCGGCUGGUUGAUAUUAUGGAGUGCCGGCACAUGGGAAUUAAUAUCGGCUACUGUCCCCAAGUGGAUGCGCUGGAUAAUCUGCUCACUGGAGAAGAGCACUUGUAUUUUUAUGCUCGUAUUCAAGGCUUUUCAAACAGAGAGAUAGACGGGGUGGUGAAAUACCUUCUCAAAAAGCUGGAGCUGAUCUACCAUCGAAACCUAACCACUAAUGGCUACAGUUGUGGCACACGCAGGAAGCUUUCGACCGCUAUCGCCCUCAUUGGACAUCCACAGAUUCUGCUCCUGGAUGAGCCGAGCUCUGGCAUGGACCCUCGCACCAAACGACACCUGUGGAAAAUCAUCUCGGAAGAGGUGAAAGGAAAGUCUGCGGUGAUCCUCACUUCUCACAACAUGGAGGAGUGUGAGGCAUUGUGCGGCCGCCUUGCCAUUAUGGUGAAUGGUCAAUUCCGCUGCCUGGGCUCCUUGCAGCACAUUAAGAACAGGUUCGGCAGUGGCUUCACGGUGAAAAUGUACUUGGCGCAGUCCGCCAGUGAUGUCAAGGAAAUCACUGUUUUCAUGCAGAAACAAUUUCCCAGCACUUACUUGAAGGACCAGCACUCCUCCGUGGCGGAGUAUCAUGUUCCCGUGGCACCAGGAGGCUUGGCCGACAUCUUCCAACAGCUGGAGACCAACAAGACGUCACUGAAGAUCAAGCACUUCUCUGUGAACCAGACCACUUUGGAUGAGGUCUUUGUCAACUUUGCCAUGGGAAAUAGUCACAUGAACUCCAUCUCAGCUCUCAGCAACAGAGAAGAUGAUGACCUGAGCCACAUCAAAGGAGUCGAGACAUAGUGCUGACUGCUCUUUAUUUUUCUGCAGUGAAAUGAGAAUCUCAUUGUACUGCAUUUUGUCUUAAAUAGAAUGCUUUGCGACGGAAGUAUAAAUUUGUCCUAACGAACAAUCAUGUUUAAAACUCGUAAGACUCAAUGUUCAGAGCCACUAAUCUUUCGAGGUCGGCCAAAUUCUAUCGCUGCAGUUCUCUGCUGCACAUUUAUGUACCUGCACAGAUGAUUAUUUAUUGUUGCCUAUUGACAUGAGAAUAUAUUUAUCCUACUUGAAAAAUGACCUAAUCUAGUAAUUCUGAUACUUCUCCUGACAUAGCUUUUAAUUGUUUUUAUUUGAUUUUAUUGCCACUCAAUAGAAAUGUACUGCAUAGGCUAGCCAUAAUCACAAAAAAGACUCAUAAAAAAUAUUAUUAAUGUGCACAUCUUCAUCUUAAUGUAUGUCUCACUUCAAGAAUGCCUGUUCAAAAAAUAUAUUUCCCCCAGUUGUGGACUAUUUUAUAAUGGUCUUGAAUGUAUUCAGCUAUCUUUUUUUCAUAAUUCAAUAAAACACUUAUAAAUGCAA